UGUUUGAGGAGGGGAGACAGAAGACAAGGCGUCCUCCCUCCCAGCCCCCGCCAGAGACGGGGAGUUGGGGUUCGGCGGGCCCUGGGACGGGGGUCGGCGGUGAUCUGGGCGCCCCUGGAGCCGCCCUCCGCGCCGGGCUUUUCCCACCGACCCUGCGCGUUGUCUCCGCGCGGAGCCGUUCGUGACCCCAGCCAGCUCGGCUUCCGGGGGCCACGACGCUCUCCCGACUUUGGCCAAGGUGCGCUUCCCGCCACCGCUGACCCGGUGAGAGGGAGACGGAGUCCGGCUGGCCGCGCCCCGCGGGGACGCGGCGCCGGUUCGCACUCGUGCCGUCGAGGACAGCGGCGGCGGCGUGGGCGUGGGCCGGUCCCCGCGGCCGGGGGCGGGGACCGGGCGGACUGGACCGUGGGCGCCGAGCGUCCCGGCCGCGCGGCGCGGGCUUUAUGUAAAUCGGGGCUGCGCCGGGGCGUCCUAGGUAGGGCGGACCAGCCCCCCGCGCCUCGGCCCUCACGUCCAAUAAGAAAAGCCCCAGCUUGACACCUGCCUAUAUACAGGCGAGCGCGCCCCCGGCCCACGGACCGCGCGCACCGCCCGCACAGCCCCACGCCGCGGGCGAGCGAGACCUCGGCCCGCCACCAUGACUUCCAGUAAGAUCGAGAUGCCGGGGGAGGUGAAGGCCGAUCCCGCCGCCCUCAUGGCGUCCCUGCACCUCCUGCCGUCGCCCACGCCCAACCUUGAAAUCAAGUAUACCAAGAUCUUUAUUAACAAUGAGUGGCAGAACUCGGAGAGUGGGAGAGUGUUCCCUGUCUAUAAUCCAGCCACAGGAGAACAGGUGUGUGAAGUUCAAGAAGCAGACAAGGCAGACAUAGACAAAGCAGUACAGGCAGCCCGCCUGGCUUUCUCUCUUGGCUCAGUGUGGAGAAGGAUGGAUGCUUCAGAAAGAGGACGUCUGCUGGAUAAGCUUGCAGACUUAGUGGAAAGAGACAGGGCAGUUCUUGCAACCAUGGAAUCCCUAAAUGGUGGCAAACCGUUCCUCCAAGCGUUUUAUGUGGAUUUGCAGGGCGUCAUCAAAACCCUUCGGUACUAUGCAGGCUGGGCUGACAAAAUUCAUGGGAUGACCAUUCCUGUAGAUGGAGACUAUUUUACCUUUACAAGACACGAACCCAUUGGAGUAUGUGGACAGAUCAUCCCGUGGAACUUCCCCCUGCUGAUGUUUGCCUGGAAGAUUGCUCCAGCUCUGUGCUGUGGCAAUACAGUAGUCAUUAAGCCAGCAGAGCAAACACCACUCAGCGCACUCUACAUGGGAGCCCUCAUCAAGGAGGCUGGCUUUCCACCAGGAGUCAUCAAUAUUUUGCCGGGAUAUGGGCCAACAGCUGGAGCAGCAAUAGCUUCACAUGUUGGCAUAGACAAGAUUGCGUUCACGGGGUCUACUGAGGUGGGAAAACUUAUCCAGGAAGCAGCUGGAAGAAGUAAUUUGAAGAGAGUAACCCUGGAACUCGGAGGGAAAAGUCCUAAUAUCAUUUUUGCCGAUGCCGAUCUGGACUACGCCGUGGAGCAGGCGCACCAGGGCGUGUUCUUCAACCAAGGCCAAUGCUGCACUGCGGGGUCACGCAUCUUCGUGGAGGAGUCCAUCUACGAGGAGUUUGUGAGAAGAAGCGUGGAAAGGGCCAAGAGACGCAUAGUGGGGAGUCCCUUUGACCCCACUACUGAGCAGGGGCCCCAGAUUGAUAAGAAGCAGUACAACAAGAUCCUGGAGCUCAUCCAGAGCGGCGUGGCCGAGGGCGCCACGCUGGAGUGUGGAGGCAAAGGACUGGGCCGGAAGGGGUUUUUCAUUGAGCCCACAGUGUUCUCCAACGUCACCGACGACAUGCGGAUUGCCAAGGAGGAGAUCUUCGGCCCUGUUCAGGAAAUUCUGAGGUUCAAGACUAUGGAUGAAGUGAUUGAAAGAGCCAAUAACUCAGACUUUGGCCUUGUGGCAGCCGUCUUCACCAAUGACAUCAACAAGGCCCUCACAGUCUCUUCUGCGAUGCAAGCUGGGACUGUCUGGAUCAACUGUUACAAUGCCUUAAAUGCUCAGAGCCCCUUUGGGGGAUUCAAGAUGUCGGGGAAUGGGAGAGAAAUGGGAGAAUUCGGCUUGCGAGAGUAUUCAGAAGUUAAGACUGUGACAGUAAAGAUCCCCCAGAAGAACUCCUAAGCAGGCCAAGGAGGAAGCUGAAGGCCAGCCCGCACGUCUCUCUCUCUGCUUUCUCUGUAGGGCCCAGCUCUCAGGAACACAAAGUUGAGCCACAGUCCUUAUUUAAAGAUUGAGAAGAUAACAUGUAGGCAGGCAGGUCACUGCACAGUGACAGCAAGCAGCUGGGACAGUUUCUGGGCACCUUGGAAGGGGUCACCUUACUGAUACCAAAUAGGAGAGCACGGGGUGAAAGGAAGAGGAGGAGCUGCCGGGCACAUCCAGACUCCUUCUCUCUGGAGCAAGGGUUGAAAUAAGGGAGUUGUGUGAGUUGGUACCUUUGUCCCCACUACUUUCCUCUUGGGGAAAGGUAACCAUCCACCACCUUCAUUUUCCUCCUUCCGGGCUCUCCCUGCUCACCCACUUCUUCUCUUCCAAGGAGAUCUCAGCUGACUGAAUUCUAUGUUUGGGCCAGGAACAAUUUUCCAAGGUUUUGCAGCAAAUUACCAUUUCGUGUUAGCCAUUUCUUCAAAGCAGAGCAUGAAAUGGUUUUAGUUAAGAGUCAGACCACACCAAAAAUGCCAGGAGCUGGUACACUGUGGACGUACUAAGAAGUAAGGACUCAGGAUAGUCCUGACCUAAUCCGGUUUUUUUAGAUACAUACAUAACAUGAGUGAAAGAUCAGGGUGACUGAUACAGAGGUCAUCACAUGUAGUUCAUAGCUUCUGAGCUUGCUGUACAGUUCUUUUUUUUAUGUUUGUGUGGGUAUGUGUGUUUAAUUCCUUCUUGGUUAUUCUUGAAUAAGACAGGGGGUAGGUUAGUUUUCGUAGAUGGAUAAGUUCCCUUCCAAAGCUUUCUUAGACCCAACCAAAAGCAAUCCGGUUAGGUUUGUGAAUUUGAUAAUGCUGGAUGCCUUAUAGAAAUAAUCCGGUUUCUAGCAUUGGGCAGCAAUUCUUACUAAAUGAAUUAUUUCUAUGGUUAGAAUGUACGGCUUCUUCUGCACCCCACCCCCUGCACCAACCCCUGCCACUUCCAGUGCCAUAAGUGUUAUUUUGGCCUAUCCCACCCUACUAAUGUGUCCUAAGUCUGUUGGCAAUAACCUUGGAAAAUCUGGCCAAGCCCGGGGAUGUCCUAUUCCAUUUGCAGAGCUCCAAUGUGCGGUGACUGCCAUGCUCCUCCAGAGCGCCUCUGUCAGGCCCAGCAGCUCGUCCACAGCCCGCUCCUGCCCCAAGCCAGCAGCAGCCUACUGAGCAGGAGGUGUGAGGUGGCUCAGCUCCCUUCCCUCCAGCCUCGCGCUCCCCUUCUGCCUUCCGGUGACUCCACCAGUUUGACACGGGCAGUGUUAGCCUCCUUCCCUCUUUCCAGCUACCAAGUCCAAUGCAGUCUUUACCUAGCUGCAGAUCAUUUAUUUAAAAAUACCAAACAUAACCUAGAGUAUGUGGAUAUGGGCAACAUAUAUUUAGCCCUCUGUAUUUAACAAUUUUCUGCUUUCUAACCGGUUUUCUAUUUAUAACUCUUAUCUAUCCAUGAUGUUUUAAAGAAAUCUCUACUUGCUGUUACAUACAACCGACAGUGCGUUCAGCAGCCCAGUGCCUAGAGCCUUGACAGAUGCCGCGUUUCUGAGUUCCUCCGCGUGAAUGCCAUGCUCUGCUCCUGUAGCCUGUCCCAGUGGACACAUCCAUGGAACAGCUAGUUACCUUUGGACUGCAAUAUAGAAUGUGAAAAUGAAGAUUUAUUUCUUUUAAUUUACUUAAAAAGAAACCUCUGUGCUAGCAAUAAAGCCUUUAUAUUGUGUA